GAAGGAACCACAGAAACCUUUAAGCCAUCACGCAGGUUUUUAAAUGGUCGAUUCAAUUUUAAUUUUUUCCGUACCGCGUUUGUCUGUCAUAAACUCGACGUUCUGUAUCCUGACAGAAUAUCUGGGCCGUGAAGGCAGCAUGUCCCUUCAGCCAAUCAUGAUGCAGCUGAUGUAAACAAACAGCAACUGAGCAGCCAUUUCGGCUCUGAAGGAGUUAUUUUGCCCUUUGACCGUUGGAGAGUUUUACUGUCGAAUAAAUCAGCCCAGCUGUCCCUGUGUGUGUUGGCUGCUUCUGUUGGGUCUCAGUGAGUCAGCGGCCUUCACAGACAGCCUGGCCGCUCAGAGCUGACUGAUUAACGGUCACCUACCUCACUCCGCCCCGCAGAGACAUGAAGGACCCGACCAUCGCGACCACAUCCACCUCUGGUACCGGAGAGGUGGUCCUCAGCAGUCAGUUCGGUUCCGAGGAGGACCCGUUUGCAGAAUACAUGUGGAUGGAGAACGAGGAGGAGUUCAACAGGCAGGUGGAGGAGGAGUUGUGGGAGGAGGAGUUCAUCGAGCACUGCUUCCAGGAGAUGCUGGAUGAGGAGGACCAGUGGGAAUGGUUCAUACCAUCCAGAGACCUCCCGCCUGGGAGCGUGGGUCAGCUGCAGGAGCAGAUCGGCCUCCUUGUUCUGGACCCAGACAUGCACGCUGAGGCCUCUGACCUGGAAGUGGUCAUGAGGAGCAGCCUGAACCCAAAUGCCAAGGAGUUCACCCCAGGUAUCCAGAAGCACAACCUGUGACCCAGCCCCUCUUGCCCAGUCUGCUGACAUCAUCAACUGGAUGUCUGCUGUAUUUUCAGCCGCCACUCGAACCUUCAGCCUCACGUGUUGCCAAAGUUCUGCUGUCGCCUCACAUUUGUUCUGACAAAGUUUACGUCUGCUGCCUCACCUAUGUGGACACCUGAGUGGACAUCUAGGUGGACACCUGAGUGGACAUCUAGGUGGACAUCUGAGUGGACAUCUAGGUGGACACCUGAGUGGACAUCUAGGUGGACACCUGAGUGGACAUCUAGGUGGACAUCUGAGUGGACAUCUAGGUGGACACCUGAGUGGACAUCUAGGUGGACAUCUGAGUGGACAUCUAGGUGGACAUCUGAGUGGACAUCUAGGUGGACACCUGAGUGGACAUCUAGGUGGACAUCUGAGUGGACAUCUAGGUGGACAUCUGAGUGGACAUCUAGGUGGACACCUGAGUGGACAUCUAGGUGGACAUCUGAGUGGACAUCUAGGUGGACACCUGAGUGGACAUCUAGGUGGACACCUGAGUGGACAUCUGAGUGGACAUCUAGGUGGACACCUGAGUGGACAUCUAGGUGGACACCUGAGUGGACAUCUAGGUGGACAUUUGUCUGUCUGCUGUGUGUCUGAGGAAAUCUUCUGAAUGUAAACCAGCUUCUUCCUGUUUCUUUCAUCUUCUUUGUAAUUUCAGCUUUUUUUCUUCUGAACUCUUAGAAUCCACCUAUAGGUCUAAAACAUCAGAACCUGAAGAUCAUCACAGCUUAUCUUCUUCAGACCUGGUCUGAUCGAGUCUCAUUUGGUCCAAGUUCACUAUGUUCUGGUCUGCCCCACUGUGAUCCAGUCUGAUCUGGUAACAUGUGGUCUGACCUGGACAAAUCCAAUCUGAUCGGAACCAGUCUGAUCAGGUUUGAAUUAGUCUGGUCUGAUCAGACUCCGGUAUGAUCUGUUUGACCCGUCUGACCCGGUUCUGUCAGUGUGAUGUUUUUUUUUUCUUGUUUUUUCCCAGAAUCCUCAGUGUUUGUAAUUGUCGCUCUGCUGCUUUAUUUCCUGACGACUUUAAACUUUUUCUAAACGCACACAAUGUACUGUAAAAAAAGAUGUAAAAAAAUCUAUUUUUUCUUAAAGUAGUUCAAAUAAAUGUUUAUUGAGAAAAA